AUGGCGGCGCUUCUGUUGAGACACUACUUCGGUAUCAAGGGGGACGUGCGCGAGCCGGUAUGCUAUGUCGACGAACAGACGGUCUUGUACGCUGUUGGGCACAACGUCUGUAUCUUCAACCUCGAGCAGAGGAUACAACGAUUCCUCCCUGGCACCGACAAGACUGAAGAGAUCACGGCGCUGGCCGUCAGCCCGAACAAGAAGUUCGUUGCGGUCGCUGAGCGCCAUGAUGAGGGAGUUAUCACGAUCUUCGACCUCCACACGCUGAGGAGGAGGAGGCUGCUGACGGCGACAGGCUCCAACUCCAAGGAGUUUGUGUCCCUGUGCUUUUCGCCAGACUCGAAGCUGCUCAUGGCGCAGGGAGGGGCUCCAGAGUGGAACCUCACCAUCUGGACGUGGGAGACGGCAAAGCCUCUGGCGACAGUGAAGACAGCCGUGUCGCCGAACUCGGUCAUGUACCAGUGCAGCUUCAACCCUUCGGACAACCACCUGAUUGCCGUGACGGGCAACGGAGUUUUCAAGCUGUUUAAGCUCACUGAGUCCAACCUGAAGCUGCUGCAGAGCCCUCUGGGGAAGCGAGAGGCGCAGAACUACCUGUGCCAUUCGUGGGUGAGCGAGGAAAGGCUGGUAGUUGGAACCGAUACUGGGGACCUGCUGGUAGUAGAGGGAGGGGAGCUGAAGGGAUUUAUUGCCCGAUCGCCUGCUGACUCGAACUCGAUCGAGUCGAUCGUGGGCUUCUCCAAGGGGAUAGUGACAGGGAGCGACGACGGCAACCUGGCGAUCUACGACAAGACAGAGGACAAGGAUAUGUACAGGAGGUCAAAGGUCUUUUCCAUCGACAACAACGCUGUCAAGAUCCGGCACCUGACAGUCAGCCACACGGAGGAGCAACUGCUGUGCGCUACGGAGAACAACCAGCUCUUCUCCUUCGCGCUCAGCAACGUUGACAUCAUGAAGCCGGAGGAGAAGAACAUCGACUUUCUCGCUACCUCCUUCCAUGCCGGGCAGGUGACGGGGGUCGACACUUGCAUCCGGAAGCCGCUGGUGGCCACUUGCGGGCUGGACAAAUCAGUCAGGAUCUGGAAUUACAUGGACAAGACUCUUGACCUGACCAAGUUCUUCAACGAGGAGGCGCAUAGCAUCGCUUUCCAUCCCUCCGGCCUUCACAUCCUGGUGGGUUUCAGCGACAAGAUGAGGCUGAUGAAUAUCGUUAUGGACGACAUCCGGCCGUUCAAAGAGUUUGCGAUCAAGGCGUGCAGAGAGUGUAAGUUCAGCAACGGAGGUCACAUGUUUGCAGCCGUCAACGGCAACACCAUCAACAUCUUUGCUACCUACACCUGCGAGAACUUGGGGAACCUGCGAGGUCACAAUGGCAAGGUCCGGAGCCUGUGCUGGUCCGCCGACGACACGAUGCUGACCUCUUGCGGGAUGGACGGGGCCUGCUACGAGUGGAACCUCAAAGACUACAAGAGGAUAGGAGAGAACGUGCUGAAGAGCUGCAACUACACAUCAUGCGUCUGCACCCCUGACGGCAGGACGACGUUUGCUGUGGGAAGCGACAAGAAGAUCAAGGAGAUCUCUGAAUCGAACAUCGCCAAGGAGUUCGAGGCUGGGGGCCAGCUCAUGACGCAGGUCUGCCUGUCUCACUCGGGGAGGAUGCUCUUCACCGGUGGGGAGGACGGAACCGUGCAGAGUUGGAAGUUCCCGCUGUCGUCGGAGUACCAGGAGUUCCUGUGCCACUCUAGAGCUAUCACGAGGAUGUGUAUCACAUACGAUGACUCCCAUCUGUUCUCUGUGUCGGAGGACGGCUCGCUGCUGAUCCUGGACGUGCGGGACAAGGAGGUCAGGGGGUCGAAGAAGGAGAAGGAGAUCUUGCCGUUCUCUGAGGAGAUCCUGGUCACCAAGAGCGACCUGGAGGAGAAGACAGCCCACAUGGUUGACCUGAAGAACAAGGUCGACGAGCUCCACACGCACACUCAGUACACGAUCCGACUCAAGGAGAAGGAGGCCAAGGACAAGCUCACGCAGCUGACUGAGAAGUACAGCAGCGAGCUGGAGGGAGAGAAAGCGAGGUGCGAGAGCCUGAUCACGGAGAAGAGCGAGAUGGAGAUGGAGUAUGAGGAGAAGAUCAAGAAUAUUGAGGAGAGGCAUGCUGCUGCUGUGCAGCAGAUGGAGGCGCAGUACCAGCAGAAGAUCAUGGCGGAGGUGGAGCGGUAUCGGCAACUGUCGGAUGAGAAGGAGCUCUUGAACGAGCGAUGGGACGAGCAGAACUCGCUGCUGGUCGAAUCGCACGAGCGGCUCGUGCAGGAGCUGACGGACGAGUACGAGUACAAGCUGCAGGAGGAGCAGCUUGCGCUUCAGCGAGUGAGGGACGAGAAGGAGGAGCUGAUGAGGGAGCUGGAAGAGACAAGGAAGCAGGUGGAGGAGGACGCAGACCAGGAGAUCGAGGAGCUCAAGGACAAGUACGAGUCGAAGCUGGGGGCAGAGAGAGAGCAGCACCUUCGGCUGAAGGGAGAGAACGGGAUCAUGCGGAAGAAAUUCCAUGCG